AGGACUUAUUUUGAAACCUGUGAGCGGAAGCCACACAGCGUGUUCCGUCCGGUUUGACAGCGGUGCUUUAGAGCAGAGCAGCCCGACUGCUGGAGAGAGACAGAGGAAAAGUUAGUUCAAGAUGGCAAACCCCUCAGACCCGGAGUGAAGGGGCACCGCUCCCCGAAAAAACUGAGCCUGUCGCCCGUCCUGAGACAAACCCAACGAUGCAAACUGCGCCAGGAGGCCUAAGAGGGAUUCCCUGAAGAAAAAUGCCAGUGAGGCUGAAGCUGAUGUGACACAGCCUGUGCUGGAAGAAAGCUGACUCAUCAAAUAUCAAUCCCUCUGGGAGCGACUAAGCAGCCGAGAGCAGCUCAUAUCACCUAAUGCCGAGCUAGAAGAGCACCUCACACCCCCCCCUACACACCCCCUAACUGGAGAUUAUUAGACAGAAGAAGACGGGGCAGAAAGCCCUCCAGCAGGAAUAUAUACAACACCGAACAUAUUUUGGAACCAGAAGUGCUAACAGAGACUGCUGUUCUGCUGUCCGAGCCACUGCCAAAGCUAAGAAUGGCAUCACAGCGCUUCAGCUGAACCUCACAGACUGACUGACCCCCCCUCCUCCCCUCCCAGCCCCCUUCCUCCCACGAACAGAGACAUCAACAACCAGUUUAUAAGACCACCUUCAUCCUCAAUCAGUUUCACUUUAAAUAUCAGUGGAAAGUUUUUGGGGAGGUCAUUCUCUGAGUCACUCCCCACACCGCUUUGCCCAGCCCGGCAGCACCACAGUCAGUCUGCCUUCACCCCGUCUCGCAGACCAUGAUGUUUCGCGAUCAGGUGGGCGUGCUAGCCAGCUGGUUCAAAGGGUGGAACGAGUGCGAGCAGACGGUAGCUCUGCUGUCCCUGUUGAAGAGGGUGAGCCGGACCCAGGCCCGCUUCCUGCAGCUCUGUCUGGAGCACUCUCUCGCCGAGUGCACCGAACUGCAGGUCCUGGAGGGAGAGGCCAACAACCCAGGGGUCAUCAGUCAAUGGCAAAGCGAGCCUAAGGAACGUGUCAUCUCGCUUGUCCUCACCCAUCUCCCACUGCUCAAACCCGGCAACAUAGAAGCUAAGGGUGAGUACAUGCGCCUGCUACCACGCAUCCUGGCCCACACCAUCGAGCACGGCCACCACCUGGAAGAGUCCCGCCAGCUCCUGUCCUACGCCCUCAUCCACCCCGCCACCUCCCUGGAGGACCGCGCCGCCCUGGCGCUCUGGCUCAACCACCUGGAGGAGAGGGCAGCCGCCAGGGGAGACUCACUGGAGAGGCCGCCUCCCGCCGGGCCGCACCACCACCACCACCAGUCCACACCUCCUUCCACCCUCAGCUCGUCAGGAUCCUCCUCCUCCUCCACCAACAACUCUUCAUCAGGCAACCUCUACUCCUUGCAUCACCACCAGCGCUACGGCUCGGACGACCGCCUCAAUGGGUGGCAGAGCUCCAGGGAUUCGGGGCUGGGCGGAGGCUGGCAUCAGCAGCAGCAGGGCUGUGAAAACGGGCACCUGCUUCUUUACCCGUCAUCCUCUGUGCCGGCAACCAUCAACACGGUCGGAACUAGCGGAGGCGGUAACACUAUCCUGACAAGUGGAGGUGGCAGCCAGCAGCACAGUCCCCUGAAGCGCUCCGUGUCUCUCACCCCUCCAAUGAGCGGCCCCAGCAAUCAGCCUCUGGGCCACGUUUGGCUGUCUCAGGAGGACCUACCGACCGCCAGAGGCCCAGCCCUGGACCACGCGCCCCUCUCGCCCCAGAGCAGCAUUGCUUCCUCGGGUAGCGGAGGCAGUGAGCAUCUGGAAGAGGCUGGUUUAGGAGGAGGUUCAAGUCUGCAUCGCAGUUCCUUCCACGAGGAGGGUAGUGGCAUGAGGGAUGUUCCUGCGUGGCUGAAGAGUCUCCGUCUCCACAAGUAUGCUGCUCUCUUCUCCACCUUGACCUACGAUGAGAUGAUGUCACUGACUGAAGAGCAGCUUGAAGCACAGAAAGUCACCAAAGGAGCAAGACACAAGAUCGUCAUCAGCAUUCAGAAGCUCAAAGAGAGGCAGAACCUCCUGCGCAGCCUGGAAAAGGACGUGUUGGAGGGCAGUAAUCUGCGCGCUCCACUGCAGGAACUCCACCAGAUGAUCAUGACACCUAUCAAGGCCUUCAGUGGUGGUGAGGAGGCCUCCCUGCAGCGCCCCCUUAUGAGCCCAGAGGGCAAAAGCGCUGCGCCUGGUUCCCACCUGGCUGGAGGAGGCGGAGGGGAGGCUGAGUCAGGCACGAGCUUGAUUGCAGAGGGCGAUCUACCUGGCCAGUUCACUCGUGUCAUGGGCAAAGUUUGCACCCAGCUGCUGGUGUCGAGGUCAGACGAGGACAACAUCAGCUCCUACCUACAACUCAUUGACAAGUGCCUUAUCCAUGAGUCCUUCACUGAGACACAGAAGAAGAGGCUGUUGUCAUGGAAACAACAGGUCCAGAGGCUGUUCCGGUCCAUUCCUAGGAAAACCCUCCUUGACAUAGCAGGGUACCGACCGCAGAGAAGCAGCCGUGGAUUCGGCCAGUCCAACUCUCUCCCCACGGCAAGCUGUGUCGGGGGCAGCGUGUCGGCCAGGAGGAGCCUUCGUCAGUUCCAGAUGCCCUCUAGGAGCUUGCCUGGUGCCAGGCUGAGCCUGCUGGGCAGCGGGGGGCUGCUGGGACCCACACCUCGCAGCUCCAGCAGCACACCCACCGGCCCCAAACAGGGCAGACAAGGUCUGUGGUUUGCCAACCCCGGAGGCAGCAACAGCAUGCCCAGCCGGACCCACAGCUCUGUGCAGCGGACCCGCUCCCUGCCGGUUCACACAACGCCACAAACCAUGGUCAUGUUCCAGCAAGCCGAUCUUCAGUUACCAGUGACGGAGCCAGACAUCAACAAUCGCCUUGAGUCUCUGUGUCUGAGUAUGACAGAGCACGCCUUGGGAGAUGGUGCUGACCGCACAUCAACAAUAUGAAAUGAGUACCUGAGUGAGAGCAGCGGGACAGCGCAGGUUCACGAGGCUCUCUUACGAUAAGUCACCUCGAGGUCACCGGCCCUCCCGUCCCCUCUCCCUGUAGCCAAUGGUAGAGCUCAACCAAAGGACCGGGCGGGAUCCAAGAAACACAAGAGAGCCGAUCAUCCAACGGCUAACACAAGCUAUCACAUUGGCACCGUCCAUCGGGUCGCAAAAAACACACUUCCUGCUACGCCAGCAUGCUCACAGUCACCUGCGUCUGGGUGAGGAGAGACAAAAGCAUUGAAAAUGGCCUGGAUGGUGUGUGAACAGCGCCCCCCUGGGGGGGCCAGAAGCAUUACUACAGUCCACUCAGCCCCAGCAGAAGGGAGACGCUGGGCUGUGGAUCAGGGCCCAGUGAGACUGAGGCCCUCUCCCUCUCCGACACCCCUCUGGUCCCUGCACGUCGACCACAGCUCGUGGCAUCUUUCAAAUCCAUAACAGUACCUCAGACACAAAAAACAAGACGAGACAAGCAGAGCUACAAGGCACAGAAGGAAGCGUAGGAUUUCCUUGACUGUUUUCAGUGAGGACUGAGUGUCCAGCGAGGACGCUUGUAAAGCUCGGGAAGGCAUCUCGCUCAGUAUUGGGUGGCAAAAAAAAAAUUUGUAUUGUAUGUAUUUAUUGUUUACAUAAUGAUGCUACUUUCAAAGGGUACAGAAACAUGUAUGAACUUCAGGUAUGAACGGUGUAAUAUUCUGUAAAGCCUUGGCUGCCUACCAGCUUUACGUCCCAUGAGUAGCCAUCACACUAGUUUACAACCAACGUGCUUAUUCUUUAUUUUAUCAGCCAACAGCCGAGACAUGUUGGCUUGAUUAUCUACCAAGAGAGAGAGAGAGAGAGAGAGAGAGAGAGAGAGAGAGAGGAAGAGGAGAGUGACAGAAGGAGGCAGAGCAGAUGUGUAGAGAGGGUAAGAGGAAGAACGUGCCGCGGAGAAAGACACAGAAAGUCGAAGGAAAGAAUCAAGCCUGGUGUUUGAGAAGUGAUACUGGAAAGGGAAGCGGAUGUUUAAAGGAGAAAGACAUCAGAGGCAGGACCUCCGAUCGGCUGAAAAAUGACAGAGGAAGAUGAUGUCACGUCUAAUCAUGUUGUGAGUCUGUUCAUGUGAGUGACUGAAGCAGGAAGUGAAUUUAGCACCGGUCAGUUACAUAUUGUUUAUCCAUAGCAUGUACUGUAUGAACUCUUUGAAUUCAGAGCCUUUCGUAGGGCGAGAUACAUUGAAAAUGUCGGCUUUUAUACACGUCAAAUGGGAGAUUAAUACGGCUGCAUCGUCAGUGGGAUCUGUCUGCAUGUUCAGAUACUGGGUUCAGUUAUGUUUUUUGUAUAGCAGGGCGAUAUGCUUAAGCUGCAUGUUACAACUAAAUAUCUUUCUUCGGAGGAAAGGAAGAGUGAGAAAUGUGUGAAAAAGUGGGAGUGGGGAAGAUGACAGGAAAACAAAAAAAAAAAAAAAGAAGAAGAGGUAGAUUUGGUUUCCACUCACCAUGUUGCA